AUGUCGUCUUGGUCAGCUCUCCGGCGGUCCUCCACGUGGAUCCACCGAUCUCCCGCCGCUCAAAGCUCCAACGUCCGCCGAUUCUCCGCCGCGCCUCCACCGCGUGAGUUGGUGUACUGCCAGAAGAGUUCUGAUGCCCGUGGAAAAACGAAUUUUCUAGGAUGGAUUUCGGCCGGAAUCAUCGCCAGCUCCACGAUUUCUCUCUCUUUGUACUCCUUUUCCACACCAUCUCCAGGUUCUAGUUAUUUUUCCUUCGCGGACUGGUCGGCGCCGGGUCCCACGACCGUUGCCGCUGCCGCGGUUGCUGUUUCCGAUUCCGGCCUGCACAAUCAAAACAGUGAAUCUAAAUUCCUGUUUGGAGAAGCAUUUAGGAGGAAGAUAUUUUUUAAUUACGAGAAACGAAUCAGAAUGCGUAGUCCUCCUGAAAAGGUGUUUGAGUAUUUUGCAUCCAUCUGUGCCGAUGAUGGAGAAGUUUUUAUGACACCAGCGGACCUUAUGCGAGCACUAGUUCCCGUGUUUCCUCCAUCUGAAUCGAACCUUGUAAGAGAUGGAUAUCUCAGAGGGGAAAGGAGUCCUGGAGAGUUGCGUUGUGCCCCAUCCCAGUUUUUUAUGCUCUUCGACACAAAUAGUGAUGGUUUAAUAUCAUUCAAAGAGUAUUUAUUCUUUGUAACGCUACUCAGUAUACCUGAAACAAGCUUUUCAGUGGCAUUUAAGAUGUUCGACCUUGACUGCAAUGGGGAAAUUGAUAGAGAGGAGUUCAUGAAGGUGAUGACUUUGAUGCGAGCUCAUAAUAGGCAAGGGGCUGUACACAGUGAUGGAUUUCGAGCAGGCCACAAAUUGGGUGGCUCGAAAGAAGAUGGAGGGUUGUUAGAGUACUUCUUUGGGAGAGAUGGCAAGAAACUUCUUCACCAUGAUAAUUUUGUCCAGUUCUUGAGGGAUCUUCAUUAUGAAAUUGUGAGGCUGGAGUUUGCUCAUUAUGAUUACAAGUUACGAGGAACCAUAUCGGCCAAAGAUUUUGCGCUGUCCAUGGUUGCAUCAGCCGAUCUGAAACACCUGAACAAGCUGCUCGACCGCGUUGAUGAUAUAGAUAAUCAGCCACGUCUAUCAAAUAUCCGCAUCACGCCCGAGGAGUUUUCGAAUUUUGCUGAGUUACGAAGGAUGUUGCAGCCAUUUUCUCUCGCACUUUUUAGUUUCGGAAAAAUAAACGGUGAAACCCGGGCCUGCCACCACCUGGGUUUCCGGUUAAUGGGGUGA